AUGAGCAAACAAGCCUGCAAGAAGUCCUUCGGCCAGGGCUUCUCUGGCCACUCGGCUGUGGUAUCCGGCAGCAGCAGGAGGAGCUGUGUGGCACGCACUGGGGCAGCCAGCGGAGGAGCUUGUGGGUUCCGGAGCGGAGCAGUUAGCUUUGGCAGUCAGAGCCUCUAUAACCUGGGUGGCAGCAGAAGUAUCUCUAUUAGUGUGGUGGCUGGUGGCUCCCAGACUGGUGGCCUCGGUGGAGGGCGUAGCAGCUCUGGCAGUGGCUAUGGAGGUGGCUAUGGAGGUGGCUUUGGUGGCAGUAGAGGGAUAGGAGGUGGCUUUGGAGGAGCUUCUGGAUUUGGAGGAGCUAGUGGCUUUGGUAGGCCAGGUGGCUUUGGCCCCAGUGGCUGCCCUGGAGGGAUCCAGGAAGUGACCAUCAACCAGAGCCUCCUGCAGCCCCUCAAUGUGGAGAUCGACCCCCAGAUUGGGCAAGUGAAGGCCCAGGAGCGUGAACAGAUCAAGACCCUCAACAACAAGUUUGCCUCCUUCAUUGACAAGGUGCGCUUCUUGGAGCAGCAGAACAAGAUCCUGGAAACCAAGUGGGAGCUGCUCCGGCAGCAGACCACAGGUGCCGGCUCAGGGCCCCAGAGCCUGGAACCUUUAUUUGAAUCCUACAUCAGCUGCUUGCGCAAGCAGUUGGAUUCCCUCCUCGGGGAGAAGGGAAGCCUGGACGGAGAACUGAGGAGCAUGCAAGACCUGAUGGAAGACUUCAAAAAGAGGUAUGAAGAGGAAGUCAACAGGCGCACUGCCGCCGAGAAUGAGUUUGUGGGGGUGAAGAAGGAUGUGGACGGUGCUUACUUGAGCAAGGUGGAGCUGCAGGCUAAAGUGAACAGUCUGACAGACGAAAUUGAUUUCCUGAGGACCCUCUAUGACAUGGAGCUGUCCCAGAUGCAGAGCCAUGUGAGUGACACAUCUGUGGUCCUGUCCAUGGACAACAACCGCUUCCUGGACCUGGACAGCAUCAUCUCUGAGGUCAAGGCGCAGUAUGAGGACAUUGCCCAGAGGAGUAAGGCUGAGGCUGAGGCGCUGUACCAGACCAAGCUUGGGGAACUGCAGACCACAGCCGGCAGGCACGGGGAUGACCUGAGGACCACCAAGAGCGAGAUCAUGGAUCUCAACAGGAUGAUCCAGAGACUCCAGGCGGAGAUUGAGAACGUCAAGAAGCAGAACACCAACCUGCAGACAUCCAUUGCAGAAGCUGAACAGCGCGGUGAGGUGGCCCUCAAGGAUGCUGAUGCCAAAUUCCAAGACUUGCAGGCUGCCCUGCAGAAGGCCAAGGAUGACCUGGCCCGGCUGCUGCGUGACUACCAGGAGCUCAUGAAUGUCAAGUUGGCCCUGGAUGUGGAGAUCGCCACCUACCGCAAGCUGCUGGAGGGGGAGGAGAGCAGGAUGUCUGGAGAAUGUCAGAGUGACGUGAGCAUUUCGGUGGUCAGCAAUGUUACCAGCAUGAGCAGCAGCUCUGGAGGCUUCAGAGGGGUCAGCAGCAGCAGCGGUGGCUCCAGAGGUGGCAGCAGCAGCGGUGGCUUCAGAGGGGCCAGUAGCAGCAGCUAUGGAGGAGACAGCAGUGGCAGCAGCAGCAGAGGCAGCAGGGAGAGCACUGGGAGCAGCCUUGGCAGUGAAGGCAGCAUCUCUGUAAGACAGCGAGGAAUGGGCUUUAACACUGGUGGCACCCAGGCCUCCGCUGGCGGCAGCUACAAGUCUUCCAGAGGAGGUGGCAGCAGUGUCCACUUUUCCCAGACCACCAGCUCCAGCCAGCAGCGCUCCAAGUGA